CUUACUUUUAAGUACUAUGAACUCACUUUUACACCAAUUAAAAAAUAUUCAUACUCCUGUUUUCUCAAGAAAGUAGAAUUAAAGAAUCACUCAAAGCAACAAAUCCCAAAACUUUACUCUAAAAAAUUCAAUGGUUGUAUUAUCUGUUUCUCUAUUAUAUAAAGGAGAAUAUGUGCCUUUAUUUUUUAAGUUUGAACCCUUCUGUCUUUGUGUUUUUCAGAAGAAGAAAUGGAAAAAAAAAAUCGUUUAGUUAUGUACUAUAUCCUGUAGAGCAUCAAUAGUAUUAGUCAUUGGUUAAAAGCUUGUUAUAAAGAAAGUAUAUAUACAUACAUAUGAGAUAAAUAAAGAAAAAAAUAAGAAAAUUUUCUAAAUUUAUGUAUAGAUUUUGUGGUUUCUAAUCCAUUUAUAGUAUUAAUUUGGUUUCAAAUUCGAUUGUUUCAGAUUGAUUGGCUUGGUGGAUUGGUGGCUUUGAGUGUUUCAGACAGUUGGCUUGGUGACUUUGAGGAGAAUUGAUGAUCUAAGCUUGGAAAUUUCAAUUUCAGAUCAAAGACUUCUUUGGCCCUGAUCCCUUUGCUUUACUCAAGAUGGCAGGCGUUGAUAAUGAAGUUCUUAUUAUUGAGAAUAAUGAUGAGGCUUCUGUUUGGACUCAAAAGCAUGAAGAAAUUUUCAUUGAACUUAUGGAAGAAGAAGUCUUAAAGGGAAAUAAGAAUACCACAACCUUUACCAAGCAAUCAUAGUGAUAUAAAGGAGGAGCUUUGUGGACGAGCAAAAAGAAAUUAUAGUGAUAUGAAACUAAGGAACAAAUACAAUCAAUUAAAGCAAAAGCAUAAGGAUUUUAAGUCUUUAUUGAAAGAGACUGGUAUGGGAUACAAUGCAGUGACUGGAGAAGUUAGUGGGACAGAUGAAGUUUGGGAUAAACUUAUUCGGGUUAACAGGUCUGCUAAAAGAUUUAGAAAGAAAGGUUGUAAGUUUUAUGAGAAAUUAUGCACUAUCUUUGGUGAUACUACUGCAACUGGUUCCAAUGCUCAUCCUUCAACUCGAAGUCCUUCUAAUGAUGAUGAUGCAACGUCGAUAAGUCCUUCUACUAUGAAUGAAGAAAGUGGUUUUGAUGAGGAUGGUAACAAAAGAAGAGGUAAAUCAACAGCCACUUCGAACUCUCGAUCAGUAAAAAGAGCAAAGUUCUCAUCAGCUUUGGCAGAUGCACUGGCAACAUAUAAUGAAACUGCAAAGCGAAAGACGGAAUUGAUAGAGAGAUUAAUGGCAACAUCUGCAUCACAUUACUUAUUGGAUGAGAGUGUUGAAGCUCUUAAUCAAAUUGAUGGAAUUAGUGGAGAAGUAUACGCAAAAGCUAUUGAGAAGUUUGAGAACGAGGUGUCCAGAGCACUGUUUCUAAAGAUGCCAGAGCAUAGAAGAAUAGAUUGGUUGCUGAAUUUGAUGUGA